GCAGAACUGAACGCUUACUUGGAGAUACGAGUGGGCCCAAGAAUUAUACUACAGUUGGAAAACAUUGAUCACCAAAGCCAUGACUCACAAUGUAGGUCUUGGGAUGGGCUUGGUCCUGGCUGUUGGCUUCCUUUGUGCGGUUCGAGCCUAUGAUCCAAAGAUCUGUACGAGCUUCGAGAAUGUUCCGUACACGCGAUCGGUUUACAGGUCUCGCCAGGAGCCGUAUCAGAAACAUUCCUUCUGGCAAGGCUGGCAAACCAAGUUUCGUACAGUAUAUGGAUGGCAAAAUGAAGUGAACUAUAGAAUUGAAACAAAACAGGCCUGCUGUGACGGCUACGAGGGAUCUAUCCAAAACUGCAAGCCCGUUUGCUCUGGAGGCUGCUCCGGAAACAGUUACUGCACCGCUCCGAAUCAGUGUAGCUGCAAGGAUGGAUAUGGCGGAGCCGAUUGCGAUCCCAUUUGUUCCGACUGCGGCAAGAACGAGUAUUGUCUGAUGCCGGAUCGCUGUGCCUGCAACGAGGGACACCAGAAGGUCCACAACGACGGCGAAUGCCUGCCUGUAUGCCCAGAGCCCUGUGGGAAUUACAGCUUCUGUGCCGAGCCGGGAGUUUGCGAGUGCAUCGACGGCUAUACCAAGUCGGAGAUCGACUCCACGUGUCAGCCCGUCUGUCUGCCCCAAUGCGAUCCCAACUCGUUCUGCCAGGAGCCGAACGUCUGCGUCUGCGAGAAGGGUUAUCAGGCCGAUGGGGAGGGCAAGUGCUUUCCCAUAUGCGACGCUGGUUGCGGUGAACACAGUCAGUGCGUGAGACCCGGAGUGUGCGAGUGCGAGGCCGGGUAUUCCGGGGAGAACUGUCGGCCCGUUUGCUCCCAGGGCUGUCCCGAGUAUAGCAGUUGCCUGUCACCCUCCGUCUGCAUCUGCGAUCCGGGCUAUAUCAUGAAGGCAGACCGUUGCGAGCCGUACUGUCCCCAGCAGUGCUCGGACUAUGCGCGAUGCACGGCCCCUAACGUCUGCGAAUGCUACCCCGGAUAUGUGGCGACCGGGGAAGACGGCAAGUGCGAGCCAAAGUGCAGCCAAGGCUGUGCCAACGGCUUCUGCUUCUCGCCGGAGGUUUGUGUCUGCAGCAUAGGCUACCUGAUGGGCCCCAACAAGACCUGCGAACCCCAGUGCAGUCUCAACUGCGUGCAUGGACACUGCACCCACCCAGAGACGUGCUCCUGCGCAGCUGGCUACCGUUUCCAGGCGAACUCGCAGCAUAUUUGUGAGGCGGUUUGCGCGAAUGGUUGUAAGCACGGUGAUUGCGUGGAGCCGGACAUCUGUCUCUGCCACGUGGGCUACCAGCCGGUGGCCAACGAAUCUGGCAUCGUGGUCUGUCAACCCGUCUGUCAAACCCCAUGUGCGAAAUCUACAUGCACUGGACCGGACCAUUGUAGCUGCCUGGAGGGUUACGUGCACAUCUCCCCCUCCACUUGCGUACCCCACUGCAGCAAGGGCUGCCAGUUCGGGGACUGCGUGGAGCCAGAGGUGUGCACCUGCCGGCCUGGCUAUGAGCAGACAGACGAGGGGUGUAGGCACCAAACUACCUCCACCUCUGCGUCCUUUGCGGACCCUACAUCUACUACGACCUCCAUACCUCUCGAUGGCUCAACCUCCACCGCUGCUGUUUCCUUAGCUGGCCUUCUUCAAAUUCCAGUCCCAAACUGUUCUAGGGAUUGCCUCUGCUGGAAUGAGUAUGACGAACUGGGUCCACUGAACAACGCCAAGUGUGUCAACGUUUGUGUGGAUGAUCAUGACAAGCCCUGCCUGGAUCUAUUGAAGUGCCGCUGUGAUCCCGCAAGUGGACAACUAGUAUGUGGCGGAAAUGAGGACUACAGCUCCGAGGUAGCGCGCUACAUAUGCAAGGUGCUCAAACCCGAGGAGGCCGCGCAGCAAGAGAAGAAUGAUGCCGCCAAGGCCGAAUCCAGCAUAGCCCAGACAACAAGCUUGGAGUCAUCCAGCUGGCUCUCUGGAGUGGGGUGGUGCAUCGCUGUCGUCGUUCUUGUGGCCAUCGUAGCCACAGCCGUUAAAUGCUAUCCAAAGUAUUACCCCAGACGUGUUUACCAACCCGAUGAAGCCAUUUACGUGAAUGCUCAUUAGAAUAAUAACUUUGUUUUGCUAAAACUAAAUACAUACGUAUUUAUAUAUAAUUAUCGAA